AUGCUCGCCGUGAGCAGGGAGAGCCUCGGCGAAGCGAUCCCGGACCCAAGACUCUUCUCCAAGUGGGAGAAGUACCUGCGUGCAACGGGGCGAAUACUACAAUUCGUCAGCCUAUGCCGCAGAAAUCGCGAGCGCACUCAUUACAAGAGGACCAGACGGAACCCGCGUUCGGACCCGACGUGGGAGAAGAAUAGAAAGAAGACGACUUCGAAGACCCCGCUGAACACACCGCGGACGCCAGAGCAAGCAGUCAUUCAAUGGAAGACUUUAGACGCCGACACGCUUCGACGCGCCGAGACGCUCAUUUGGCGACAGAGCCAGCGGGCGGCCUUCGAGGAAGAAAUUUUGACGCUCCAGCGAGGGAAACAAGACACUCCACCGCGUCCAGCCACAGGCGACCACCCACCGAGCAGACUGGCACACCAUCGGCGACCAUUCACAUACGUGGGCCUCGAUUACUUCGGGCCCUAUCAAGUUACCACCGGCAGAAGCACCCAGAAGCACUACGUGGCCAUCUUCACAUGUCUCACUACGCGUGCGGUACAUUUAGAACCGGCAGCGAGCCUCAGCACGGACUCAGCGGUGAUGGCACUCCGGCGCAUGAUCGCGCGCCGGGGAGCUCCGACGGAAAUAUGGAGCGACAACGGCACCAAUUUACGGGGUGCCGACAAGGAGCUGCGCCAAGCUUUGGACAAGGCGACUGAGCAUGAAGCGAGCUUAAGACUUAUCCAGUGGCGCUUCAUCCCACCGGGCGCGCCUUUCAUGGGCGGCGCCUGGGAAAAUAAGUUAACAUAA